AUGAGAGAUUUGUCGCAAGAAAGGAAACUGCGAAGAGACGAUAUGUAUGAGGCGGAAUUCGAAAAGUUGAACAGAAGCAUUGAUGCGACUUGCGAACGAAUUGGUGAUAUGAACGAGAAAAUUAAUGCUAUGGACGAGAAAUUAACGGCUCUAAUGGACAAACUUACGAAACUCGAACAUAUGAUGAGUGACUUUAUAAAUCAAUGGCGACUGAAGCAAAGCCUGCAAACUACGCAAACGCCAAUUGAAGACAGUACGCAAAUCUCCCCAAUUGAAGUUAGUACUCAAAGCCCACCAGCUAUAGACCAUAACAUUCAAAUCUCCCCAGCUAUCGACAAUACCCAAAGCUCCUCAGCUAUUGACCAUGAAACAAGCUCCCCAACUAUCGAUACGCAAAUUGAGCAUCCUAGAGUGAUACACCCUCCUCGUGGUUCGAGCAAUGGAAGAGCUUGCUUACCACAAAGUCCCCCAAAUUUCAAUGGCAGACCACGUAUACUUGGUAAAGGCAUAAAAACAGUUCCACUUUUGAUCGAAGAGUUUAACCUUAUUGACUCAUGUAAGUGGGCAAAGUCUGCCAAAGAGAGACAAUACCUCAUGCGCCGACGGCCCACCGUUGAAUAUCUCAGGCUUUCUAAGAGUGAACCUCUUGCAAAGGAGUUUGGACAAGUGGACCUACUUGAACUUUAUAGAGACAAACAGGGACUUACAAUGACUCAAUUGUCGACCAAGAUCAAAUCAUUCAGUGACGAAACGGAAACUGCUGGUGGUAGAAAGAGAAGAAAUUUCAAUCUCACAAGCAAGGAAAAGGUUGAUGAUCUUCUUCGGGACUUUAUUACCAUAUCGUCCAGGUACGGAUUGGAAUUGAGUUUGAGAGAAAGUAAACGCUCUAGAAUUGAGAAUUUGGAGUAA